CGGAUGGGUGUAUUUGCACCAGAGAAAAUCAGCAGUAUCGGCUCAAAACAGGGUGCGCUGUUUCGUUUUGAACGGGCUCCAUCUGAGCACCCGGCCCCUUCCGGGCCUCAUCCUGGACUCAUCGACGCUCCGCCGGGCACGGCCUUCUGCGAUCGGCUGCUCCUGGGGACCGCAAGCUCCUCUUGCCGUCGCCAACCAUGACCCACAGAGAAGAGCUCCCCACCCCGCGGCUGCCUCGGGAGGCCAAGAACAUCAAAAAUUAUUACACUCCGAUACCAAUCGAGAUCGACGAGUCAAAUCAUGUGGACUGCAACAAAAAGAUGCCCACCCCGGUCCACAAGCAUUUUUGCAUGAUUUGCGCUGGAACAGCCGAAGCCAACAGGGAAGGCCAGCCGGAGGAUCUCCUGGGAUGCAAAAUCUGCCGCGGAUCUGGUCAUCCAUCGUGCAUGGGCAUCCCCCCACUCGCUCUCAAAGCAAUCAAGGCCCAGACCAAAUGGGAGUGCCCGAACUGCAAGACAUGCAGAAUAUGCGAACGACCCGAUCCGGAGGACAAUCUGCUCUGCUGCGACCUGUGCGAUGCCGGCUAUCACACGCACUGUCUCAACCCACCGCUGAAAUCGAUUCCAGAAGGACAUUGGCUGUGCCCACACUGCAAGCCGGCCCCAAAGCAAGAGGCACCUCCUCCAACGAGCACGCCCAAGUCAUCCUCGCAUACCCCCCGGACACACAAAUCCAACGGCAGCACGGGCAAGCGAACUGGCUCGGACUCCAGCCGGAAGCUCGCCGAGUUGUGGCCGACCCUCAAAAAGCGAAAGCACAGCGUGGCUGUAUCUGACGACGAAGAGACCGACCAGAAGCCAGUUCCGUCAACACCGACGCCAGCGAGCACCAAGAAUCGGCGCUCGACAGGACACGGCUCGAAGCACCAGGGACAGACCCCUCAGGCAGCUUCUUCCGCUUCGGUCCAUCCGGAUCCGCCGUUGGACAGCAUCGGCAACAGCUCGCCUGGGCUUUCUAAGCCUAUGAAGCUGAGGAUUCUGUUCCAGGGCAAGCCUCUGGACCUUGGCGGUCCUGCUGGUUCCGACCGGACCGACGAGUCACCCGAGUCGCUUGUAGAGGUUUUUGGAGGGCGCUUGACCGAGGCCGAAGUCGACAUUUCCAAAACCACGCCCGAGCAAAGCGAUCGACAGAGAUUCCAUGCCGCCCGAGAGAUUGUGCGCGUGCAGAGCGCCGAAUUCGAAUUCAAACACCAACCGCUAAAGUCCGAGUCGUUCGACGAACUGGAGCACAGUGACGAUUGUCGCGGGUCCGUGGAGUCGGGUACCUCGUCUCUGCACAAUUACCGCAGCCGGCUGCCCGCAAUCAAAAGCAUUCGUUUCGGCUCUUACGAAAUCAACACGUGGUACUCGGCGCCGUAUCCGGAGGAGUACAGCCAGAAAUCAAUCCUCUACAUUUGCGAGUAUUGUCUCAAGUACAUGAAAUGCACGUUUACAUACGAGCGGCAUAUGGUAAAGUGUCCCAUGAGACACCCCCCUGGCGAUGAAGUCUAUCGCGACGAAAACGUGUCGAUCUUUGAGGUCGACGGACGGAAGAAUAAGAUUUACUGCCAAAACCUCUGUCUUCUUGCCAAGCUGUUCCUGGACCACAAAACGCUGUAUUAUGACGUCGAGCCUUUUCUGUUCUAUGUCCUUACCGAAUCGGACGAGAAAGGGCACCACUUUGUGGGAUACUUUUCCAAGGAAAAACGCUCGUCAAGCAACUACAAUCUGUCGUGCAUCGUCACGCUGCCAAUCCAUCAAAGAAAAGGAUACGGGAAUCUCCUUAUUGACUUUAGCUACCUCUUGUCGCGGAAAGAGGGAAAGCCUGGGACGCCAGAAAAGCCCCUCUCGGAUUUGGGUGCGCUGAGUUACCGGAACUACUGGCGGAACACCAUCAUACGGGUGCUGAACAAGCAUGCAAAAUCCCUCAAUUUGUCGCUGGAAGGUCUCAGCAACGAAACGGGAAUGACCCCGAAUGAUAUUGUCGCAACCCUAGAGUGCAUGAAGCUAUGGACGCCACCCUCUCCCGAUGAUGGAGAAUGUACGCUGCUCUUCCCUGAGGAUCUCAUAUCAGACCUGGCCGAGCGGCUGGCGUCCAAGCGACACACUCUGGCAACUGAAGAAAAGCUGCGGUGGACGCCAUUUUUGAUGAUGCGGCCUAUUUUCAAGAGUGCAUCGGAAGACGAGUUAGAGCCUGCAGAGAAUUCACCAUAGCAACAAUACAGUUCUUCCAAAGUGA